CGUUUCCUUACAGGCCACCGUAUGAUGUCGUGGCGUUAGCAGGCUAUAACAAGUUGUUCGUGUUGUUCGGAUCUGAUUAAGCUAAACGAAGUAUUUGGUCGGAAAUAGUUUAAACGUAAGAUAUCGUUUGUGAUCAAGGAGUCAACAUGAGGCGCGCUGGUUUAGGCGAAGGGCAACCCGGCAACUAUGUCGCAAGUGGUUACAGUGUACAUGAAGAAGAAAAUGAACAUUUACAAGAGGGUCUUCGAGCGAAAGUCACAGCCUUAAAGAGUCUGACCAUCGACAUCGGAACCGAAGUGAAGUACCAGAACAAAAUGCUGGAUGAUAUGGAUACAGACUUUGAUUCGACGGGUGGCUUGCUUGGCGCCACCAUUGGAAGAGUGAAGCAGCUCUCCAGAGGCAGCCAGACAAAACUACUUUGCUAUAUGUUGCUUUUUUGCUGUUUUGUUUUCUUUGUCCUAUACUGGUUUAUUAAGCUGAGAUGAUAACUUAUGUAUGUACCUCCCUUCCCGUUCCAUUUGACUCCAUAUUCAUUUCCAUGACAACCCACCUUUGUCUCAGGCCAAAGAUGUGAAUGGUUAUUCAGAAAGAUUGAUGUUUUUUCCAAUUACUCAAGCGAAGGACCAGGGUCGCCUUGAAUUUAUCGGACAUGUUCACCUCAUAAAUGAAGAACAUAGAUAAAUAAUAAUUACUGAAAAUACCAAGUUGGCUGUCUAUUAAUUAAAUUAGCAUAUAGAUUAAUAAAUUGGUGCCAAUAUGUGGAAACAAUAGAUACGUCACAUUGUAAUAUCCAGGAGAAACGGAUAUGUAGGCAUGGUUAACCCUAAAGAUAGUUUUUUUAAAAUUCUUUAUAACCCGGAAGUGUUUGGAUUCCAUUAUCGACGAGUUAAUUUUAAGAGAGGAAAUAGGAUUUUGGAAUAUGUACAAACUAUUACUUUCUAUUGAUGUAUCGGUAAUUCUUUUGUCAUUUCAACAUUGUAUUUAAUUGUAAAUAAACAAUCAGUUCUCAUGGUAA